GGGGGGUUGGCUGCCAUGUCUGAGGGGCGGCCUUUGCGGCUCCUGGGCCUGCAUGGUUACCGGCAGAGCGAACGCCGCUUUCGCCAGCGCACGGGCGCUCUGCGCAAGGCCUUGCGUGGCCGCGCGGAGCUGGUGGCUGUCAGCGCGCCGCACCCCGUGCCCGGAAGCGGAGAGGACGACGACGGGGAUGACCCCCCCCGCGGCUGGUGGUUCUCUGGGCCUGGCACCUUUGAGGCAGGGGAGGUGGCGGCGGCACCAGCGGGGCUGGAAGAGUCGCUGUCGGCCGUGGCGGUUGCGCUGAAGGAGCACGGACCCUUUGACGGGCUGCUGGGCUUCAGCCAGGGCGCGGCGCUGGCCGCCAUGGUGUGCGCCCUGCGAGCCCGUGGCGACCCUCGCUUUCCUGUGACCUUCGCCAUCCUGGUAGCCGGCUUUGCCAGCCGCGCCCCAGCCCACAGCCACUUCUACCAGGAGCCCAUCGCCCUGCCCACGCUGCACGUCGUGGGCGAUGCUGAUGCUGUUAUCGCUGCCUCCUUGAGCAGGGAGCUUGCCCAGCAUUUCGUGGAGCCUGUUGUCCUCACCCACCCUGGUGGGCACUUCGUCCCUGCUGCUGCACCACAGAAAAAGGCAUACCUGGACUUCUUGGACCGGUUCCGCCAUGGACGGGGAUAG